AGGAAGGAAUGAGAGGAGGCAGAGAUGUCUAGUGAUGCGGGUGGUAGCAUUGAUCGUCUUCCUGCUUCGAGAGUGCCUGUGCUGUCCCCCGACCUGCGACUGCAAGUGGAAGAGCGGGAAGGAAUCCGCCAUCUGUGUCCGCAACAACCUCACCCACAUCCCCAAGGGUAUCGACUCCUCCACUCAACUCCUCGAUCUUACCGGCAACAGGAUAUCCGCCAUCGAAAAGGACGCCUUUGACAAAGCCGGUUUAUUCAACCUGCAGAAGAUAUAUCUUGCCAAGUGCGGAUUGAGGGACAUGGACCGCUUCGCGUUCAGGCGACUUACUAACCUCGUCGAGCUAGAUCUCAGCUAUAACUCGAUCACCUCCGUGCCAUCCCACAUCUUCGACUCCAUCUCUGAACUCAGAGAACUGAAACUCACAGGAAACCUCAUCCAAAGGGUAUCCAACGAGGCCUUCAUUAACGUCCGGCAAUUGGUGAAACUCGAAUUGUCCGAAUGCCGCAUAGUUUCCCUCGAACCAAGGGCUUUCUCCGGACUGGAGAAAAGUCUAGAGUGGCUGAAACUGGAAAAAAAUAGACUUGUUGAAGUUAGACCUAGCACUUUUACGAAUCUAUCUAAUCUCCAUGGGCUGGAACUCGCGGGAAAUCCAUGGAAUUGUUCUUGUAGACUGAGACCACUUCGGCAGUGGAUGUCCAUCCAGAAUGUCCCCAGUAGUACUCCGGCGUCCUGUAGUCAUCCGAACAGGUUGCGGGGGAAGACCUGGGACCGCCUGCAGGACAACGAGUUCGCUUGUACUCCAGUAAUGCAUCGGGCGAGAAAUUCCGUAGUUCAAGCUGUGGAGGGAACAAACGUCACGUUAUCUUGUCUUGUUACCGGGAACCCAACGCCUACGGUACGAUGGUUGUGGAAAAACCGUCCCAUUGCCAACGUAUCGGGGAUUCCCAGCCACAGGAAGCUCUAUAUCCUGCAUUACAAUGGUAGCAGGAGUACAUUAACGGUGUACUCUGCGGAAAUUGCCGAUGCUGGGGUUUACUUCUGUGUGGCAUCCAACAAAGCAGGUCGUGUCCAGGGUAAUGUUACCUUAGCGAUAUCAAGGAGGCGGCCCGAGAGUAAGCUAACCGGAAAAGUGUUGAUGGUUGGGGCUGCUAUGGCCUUUCUCCUCUUCAUGGUUUCCGGCUGUCUCUUUUGUAUCUUCGGUCAGCCGAGGAAACCGCCGCGGAUCAACCAAGCUGAGAAUUACGAAAAAAUAGAGAUGGAGAAGAAAGGAGAAUCCUGUCUCUCUGAAAAUCAGCCUAACAACAGGAUCCAUCCUACCUUAUGUGAAUAUAGGGGCGUUCCAGCUGAAGACAUUGAAGAAGAGACUGCCCAACCUUCGCCUAUGCUAGUUCCCAAUGCAUCCAAUGCCUCCAGGACUCACCUGCAGCUGACCGAUGACCUGAUUGGAGUGCAGCAGCACAUUCUCCGGAAAGAAAUCCUUCCAACGACAAGCCUUUAUACGACAGCUGCUCCGGAUGACAGUAGCAUCCCGGAUGUGAUCACCAACCCUACGUCUAUAGUCACAGCUGCUGCAACUUUACCCAGAUUCAGAUCCAAGGAUUGGUAUCCAAAUGUGUCCAGCAGCCAAUCGCCCUUGCUAGCUGGAUCAGCCAGCGGAUCUAGCCCUGGAGAAAUGAGUAUCAGUAGGAGGUACUCUAUAGAAUCGAGAGCAUCCGCCCGUUACAAUUCCAGGCCAAGGAGGUGUGAGAGGUCUGCAAGUUCUUUGGAUCUUUUUGAACCAGAACACAAGAGUUGGCAAAGACCCAGCUUACCGCCAUCACCGACUAGGUUUAACCCGCACCGGUCUUUCCAGGUAUCAGAAACACCGAUCUUAAAUCUGCUAGAUAGUGCCAACCAUUACGACUACCAUGCGACACAACUCGACCGGUUCCUGGAUGAGUACCGUACGCUCCAAAAGGAGAUAAACAGGAUGAAAGAAACCUGCCAGGAAUUAAGAGGCUCGACUACAGCAGACUUGUUCCCUCGCUACACCUACAGGGUCUAGAUGCAGUCGAGUUAAUCAUUCAUGAGUGUUACUCAUUCAUAUCUAGUAUUCAUUUGAUUGGAAAAGUAAGCUCAUUAUAAAGCAGCAUUUAAAAAAGAAAUGUGGAACUAAGAGUACAACUUAAUUCCUUUUUAAAAUUCAGAGCUGAUAAUUUAUGAACAAAUGAGAUAAUUUGUCAUUUGAAUGAUGUUUAUUGUAAAUGCACCCACACAGGGGCCAUUAGUGUUGGCCAGUGAAGUGGCCGGACAGUAUUAUUUUGCUUGAGGACAUUGUUGGCUUCCACUUAAAAUGUUCUUGUGGUCACCAGAAGCCUGUUAAAUAUUGUCUGAUGAUGUGUAAGAGCACAGAGCAGGUUAAUAAAGAGAAUAAAAACACUUUUAAUGAGGCUUGAAUUGAAAUCAUAGCCUUUUUAACUGAUGAAUAAACUAUUCAUAUUAAUUCAUAUGUUAUGUAUUCUUAUACUAGUCAAAUGCUAAAAAUUCUAUUAUGAAACCUGUCUAAACUGUAUCACUAUAUUGAUAAUCAAUUAAUAUUAAAUCC